AUGAAAACAGCUUUUUAUACGAAAGAGACAUUGACUGAAAAUACUGACAAUAAUACUGAAAUCCAAGAAAAAGCUUCAAAAAAUAUAGAAUUUGGAAUAACGAACACGCUUCGUGUUGGUAGCCUUUUACGCACAUGGGCUGACAUUUCCAGAAUUAACUACAUGUCUUUAGAACCACUUGACAUCAUAACAUCUGGUGAAAGUAUACGACGACGUAGCAUCGGAAUACCUGGAAAAAAAUAUUCAAUCCAUUACUUUGUACCAACGGAAUUUCGGAACAAGAGCGAAGAAGAUUUAUUUUCCGAACAAUUUCCUGUUAACGUGACAUCUUUAAUGAACGAGGACCAGCUAUGGGGUUGCUUUUACAUAUUCCCAGAGUUAUACACCGAUGUGUAUUCGCCAAUUGUGCGUAUACGCAAUAUUGAGGAUGUGCCAGAAUUAAUCGGUGGAGUGCUGACUAGAGACAUGGUCACUGCCUGUCUCACUUAUCUAACUCGAACGCCGAUCUUAGGCGACUUCGUUUAUGUCAAACUGGACCUGUCAGCCAAGCACCUGAUGAACAUUGACGUUUUGCAGCAUUACAAAUAUCUUGUUUACCUGGAUGUCUCUUCCAAUUUAUUGACAGAAUUAUCUGUACUGUCAUACCUUCCCUAUCUGCAGUUCCUGUCCGUGGCUUUUAACAGACUGAACACCGUCUUGGAAUAUGAUACUCCACAAUGGUUUUUGACGGAAGUGCAUUACAAAUUCAAUUCUGUGAAGAAAAUUAAAGACUUAAGUGAGUUUUGGUCAAUCACAAUCCUUGACUUAUCACACAACAAUAUUAAAUUCAUAAGCGGACUUGAGAAUUUACGAUACCUUCGUCGUUUAGAUCUUUCCUUUAACCAUAUACAACGAUUAGAAAACUUGAGCAAUCUACGUUUACUAUGGCUUGACGUGUCUUAUAAUAAUAUUUCGAGUUGCGAAAUUGAUCCUCAAAAAGGACUGUGGAGCCUCCUACAUCUUGAAUAUCUCAAUCUUAAUGAGAAUAAUCUCACGUCAUUAAAAAUGUUCUCAGGUUGCAAUAGACUUCGAGAACUGCAUGCACGAAACAACCGUUUGAGUGUACUCUUAGAGCUUGCUGUGUACAUGCGUCAGAUGAGACGUCUAAUAGUCCUUGAUCUACGGGCCAACCCCAUAUGCUCAACACCUGGCUAUAAAGAAGUUGUCAUUAACACGUUUCCUGUCUUGCUUAGUUUAGACGCUGAAGAAUUAAAUCCAAUAGAACAGCGAACACUUAAAAUGGAUAUGACGCCAGAUGUCAACACCUUCGCGACUCGACGUUUAUUACGUGUACUCUACGUGGAGCAACUGUCUCGAGCACUUGUAUCUCCGCACAUUCCACCGGCAGACACGCGAGAAGUUCCUAUUGUCGUGCUUGUAGGAUACGAAGCUGUUGGCAAAGGGAAACUAGCCCGCCGCUUAGCAAAACAAUGCAGUGCUAAUAUAGAAAUGGCGUACCAACAUACAACAGCACCUUUUCAUUUUCCGGGUCAUUACAAAGAAGUGUCACGUUCCAAGUUUGAUGACAUGCUACUAAAUGGAGAAUUUCUCACAUACAGUGAAGUGGCUGGCGAAUCAUAUGGGCUAAGUCGUGAACAAGCUUUUACAAAUAAUGCUAAAGUGAAAAUCGCAACGAUGGAUUUGCUGGGAGCAUUAAUGCUAAGAUUACGAGGUCGAAGACCUUACCUGCUUCUAGCUACAUGUAAAGACAAAAUCGCCUUAACAAGGAGACAACAUGAAAGAAAGACAUUUCGUAACGAAGCUUACGAACAACGCAUGUCUUUAGUAACUCCAUUGGAAACAUCAACAUUGCAAGUACUGUUGUCUGGUCGUUUUAUAAUUACUGGGAUCCUUAACGAAAUACUUUUGUCAUUGCCAGAGGAGAAAGAACAAAGCGAAUUUGUCAUCGAAUCAGAGUGCUCUCUUAUGAUGGACAGCGAAGCUCGUCAGGCUGUCCGAGAUUACGCUCGAGGAGUAAAUCUAGUUACGCUUGUAGAUUCUAGCACUACGUCCCUUGAAGAAGCGUGUAAUCGUGUACACGAAAAAAAUGGCCAAAUGGACCCAAGUUUAUACUCCCUUUACAAAGAAUCGCAGGGAGCCGACGAGUAUAACAGCUAUGUGAACGGACAAAACUCUUACCGAGAGCGCAAUCAACAUAAAAAGGCGAACGAACCUCGUCAGUCCUGUACUAAGCAAGAGAAACAUGCAAGCUUCUCCCGACCGAAAAGCGUCGACUUCAGCAAAUAUACACCAUCGACGUGGAAAGGCCUUUCAGCAGUCCCAGAUAGCUCCAAGUCCUCAAAAUCUGUUACCUUCAUAUCUCAAGAUAACAAUGAAGUGCAAGAACAAGUGGACCCAUUAGGAAUGCUCAUUGAACCUGAAAAGAGAGUUGAUAAAUCAAAAGCGUUAAACUCUAUCAGUACUAAGAUACCGUGGCCGAUUCGCGGACAAUCACAGAGGGGUUCUGGAGGUUCCCUUGAUGAUUUAGAUCUUUGCCUAGCUUUUCUGACUGAGACUGGACUUAUGCAAGCUAGUAGCGCCAAUUACAAUACAUCGAAUACCACACCUCAUCACGAUACAAAUAUUGAUGAUCCUGAGGCUAUUCUCAAAGAAUUUGAUUACUAUAAAAAGGAACAAACUGAAUCCACGGCAGCUACGAUUAAGGACGAUUAUGAAGAAAUACACCAAAUAUGCCCUGGUCUCUUCUGGGAUACAAUUAUGAUGGAUGACCCCAACGAAUCAUUCCAUAAAGCAAAAAAAAUCAUACACAACAUAGUGAAUUCACAACCACAGUUUAAAACAAUGUUCGACAUAGAUUUUGCAAAUAUGAAUUACUACAAAUCGAUUAAAAAAAAAUUGGCGAGCAUUAGUAAACAAAUAGCUCCACAGAGACUUUUUUAUUGAAAAUAAACAAAUAAUAUUAAAAAUGUGAAUUAGUUUUAUUCAGCAAUAGAUACGCCUAAGUAAAUUAGUAUCUUACAAUAAAUGGAUGACUACAGAGCUGAGAGACUUUAUUCCUCUGUCUUGGUUUUAUAAAAUAUAAAAUGUAUUGCACAAUCAUUUAAAUACCAUUGUGUCAAGCAUCGCUCCUAGAGAUUGGACUAUGUUGUUUGACAUCAAUAUGUCUACUUUCUCUUCUAAAUGCCUCUUGGG